UGCGAUUAUUGAAUGUACCAAACACCACCAUUAUAAUGAAGAGAAAAAAACGAAAGACCGAAGAACGAAAAGUAAACGCUAACAUACGGCAUACGUACUGUACCAUAUAACACACACAAAUGUAUGUACAUGUACACAACAGCAUAUAGCAAAGGCUUGUUUGGAUUCGUUUUGUUUUUAUUUUUUGCUUUUUCGGUUGUACACAAACCGUAUUCUCUUUUCAAGUUUAGUGCACAUUUGAUGUUCGGGAGAGCAGUAGUGAGUGAACGUUGUGAAAAUGCCGCGGCCUAAGAACGUAGUUUUGCUAGAUUUUUUCGAUAAAAACGACGAUGACCAAGUGAUAUGUAACAAUGACCUCUGCAGGGGUAAAAUUUUGAGUUCGCACUCUGCAAAUUUGGAGCGUCAUUUGGCAAAAAUUCACAGAGACUUGCACGACAGUUACAUGGCUAUUAAAAAUGCCAAACGUUCAAAAAACGAGCUGAUACAGAGAAUCAGUGCGGUUGGUGCAGGUGAUAUAAUUGAUUUGCAGAGCACCAUUGUUAUAGGAGCGGAAUCCCCCUUUACGGGCAGAGUCUAUACAAAUGCCCUAUCAACACGUGGCAACAUUGAGCUGGCCAUAGUGGAGUUCUUUAUCAAAAGUGCGCGACAUUUCAAAAUGCUCAACGACCGUUCCUUUCAAAUGUUGGUGCAGCCGGCUUUUAGUGCUCUGGGCUUGGGCAUUGAUGAGCUGGGAGUCAAUGAAAAGAUCAAGGAACAUUGUGAAAAAAUGAGAGCCGACAUUAGGGAGGACUUCAAAGACAAGUUGGUAGCCCUGAAGAUUGAUGUGGUAACCAAGCAGAAUCUCACUCUUUUGGGUAUACAUGUGCAACGCUUCAAGAAUGGCUACUUCGAAAUUAAGACGCUGGGUGUAAAGGAGCUCAAAGCCAGUGAAAGCCCAGAAUAUUUGAAAUGCACAAUCUUGAGAGUGCUACAGAAUUAUAGCCUCAAUGACAUUCUGACCAUAACCAUAGACAAUGCUAACAAUAUGCUGAUAUCCUCUGUGGAUACAAAUGACGAGGAGGAAUUGGGCCAGACUUUGGAACUCGAUCAGACUGCAAUUGAAGAAAAACUGGAGGCUAUACGUGCCCAUUUUUUAACCUACGACAUAAAUUGUGUGCGCUGUGGUGCCAACACCCUACAGCAGUGUAUCAGUGAUGUUCUGCGGAGAGCAGAUAUAGCCAAGAGACUUGAGCAAUGCAAAGCUGUGGUAAAAGCUUUGAGAAGCCAAGAGGCCUAUGCCGACAUACUAGAGGAUGAGCAAUACAAAAAACCUCCUGCAGAUUCUACUACCAGUUGGUCUUCCACUUUGAAUAUGCUGGAGCGUUUGUACGAAAUGAAAGGCCCCAUUUCCCUGUUGAGUGCGGUAAAUUCUGAUUUAUAUCUUAGUCCUGAUGAUUGGAAAUUUAUUGGCGAAUUCAUAGAGACCUUUAAGCCCAUCUACAAUGCCGCCUUGCGUUUGCAGACAGAGCAGCUAUGCUUCAGUGAACUCUAUGUCAUAAUAAUGGACAUUAUAUUUAAGAUUGAAAGUCUACCAAGCUCAAAUAUGAGAACUCACCUGCUGGAGGGACUGCUUGAUAAAAAAUCUGAACUUUUAGAUAUGGAUAUCUUCAAUGCUGCUGUAUAUCUAGAUCCUCGCAUCAAAAUUGUCAUGUCUUCGGAUCAAAAGGAGAGGGCCAAAAAUUACAUCAAAUCUUUGUAUGAUAGGAUAAAAUAUUUGAAAGACAAUUUUACACCUAUUGCUGAUAAUUUAUUAGAAAAACCGAAUACAUCAUCCGUUCCGUUCGCAGUAAAAAAAUCUACUUCAAUAACCUUGCAAGAAUUUUUCAAAGAAGAACUCCUUUGGGAAACCAACGAGCAAUCGCCGUCAGCACAGUCUAUCAAACAGGAACCACCUAACUCUUCAGUAGAUUCCUUCUCCGCCUUCCUACAGAAACUGGAUCGUAACAGUCCGGACCAUGUGGCAGCCUCAUCUUGUAGUCUGCUAACAGAUUUAUUGCUCUACGAGCGCCAAGCAAGACUUCCUCUAACAACCAACAUUUUUGACUAUUGGUCAUCGAAAAACAACACCUUGACGGAUGUGGCUUUUGCAAUAUUGGCCACGCCUUGCACACAAGCCAGUGUGAAGCGUUUAACUCCAUCCUUAAAAUAUAUGUUGGAGGACCAAAACAAUGAAUUUACCGUGGCCGAUGUGGAGCACAUAUUAAUGGUGAAGGCCAAUGCAGUAUUUAAAUAUGAGAGUUAGUGCAAGAAGCAUAUAUUUAUAGUAAGUUUAGGAUGAUUAAAUUUGAAAGCCUUAGCUUGGGCUUCAAAAUGUAUUUUAAUAUAAGUUU